CGUGUAGUCGGACUGGAGCGAGAAUAUUAUACAUGUGAAUGUCAGCAGUUCUCCAGUAUCAUUGACUGUGGGGAUCCUGUCUAGAGAACAAAGGGCGGCUUAGCCGUAGGAAUCACUCCGAGAGCAGAGUUCCCUUACUUAAUAUGGCGGCCGGACGGAAUGACGUAGAAAAAGUGCGCCUGUGGGUGACGAAUGGACAGUGGCCGGCGAGGCGGCGUGAGAGAUAAGAUGACGGACCCGGAGGCGGUGACGGAGGUCCCGGCCGUGCUGAAGCGCCUGGCCAAGUACGUGGUGCGCGGCUUCUACGGGCUGGAGCAUGCGCUGACGCUGGACAUCCUGAUCCGGAACCCCUGCGUCAAGGAGGACGACAUGCUGGAGCUGCUGAAGUUUGACCGUAAGCAGCUGCGGGCCGUGCUCAACACGCUGAAGGGGGACAAGUUCAUCAAAUGCCGCAUGAGGGUGGAGACCGCCUCCGAUGGGAAGACCACCAGGCACAACUACUACUUCAUCAACUACCGGCUGCUGGUCAACGUGGUGAAGUACAAGCUGGACCACAUGAGGCGCCGGAUAGAGACCGACGAGAGGGACUCCACCAACCGCGCCUCCUUCAAGUGCCCCAACUGCUGCAGCACCUUCACCGACCUGGAGGCCAAUCAGCUGUUCGAUCCCAUGACGGGUACGUUUCGAUGCACGUUCUGCCAGACGGAGGUGGAGGAGGACGAGUCUGCGAUGCCCAAGAAGGACGCCCGCACCCUGGUUGCCCGAUUUAAUGAACAGAUAGAACCGAUCUACGCCCUGCUCCGCGAGACCGAAGACAUCAACCUGGCCUACGAGAUCCUGGAGCCGGAGCCCACCGACAUCCCCGCUCUCAGACAAAGCAAGGAGAGAGCGGCGGCGGCGGCGUUGGGCGCGGCCUCCGGUCCUCAGAAGGGAGCCUGGUCCAAGGGUCCCUCCUAUGAAGACAUGUACACCCAGGACGUGGUCAUCAGCAUGGAGGAGCAGGAGGACCUGCAGAGGGCGCUCACCGAGGGGAAGCCAGUGAAGGAGCGGCCCAUCUGGCUGAGGGAGAGCACCGUGCAGGGCGGAACCUACAGCGAACCCGCCGACAUUAAAGAUGGUCUGGACGCGGAGUCCUUCCACGAGGAGAGCCGCCCAAUCGCGGAUGAGAAUGAAGAGGUGAUGCAAGCUCUGCUCAUUCACGAGAAGAAGAGCGCAGCCGCCGCCUCCUCCGUGGGGGUCUCCUCCACCGUCGGCGCCAGCGCGGGGGGCGGCAGCGAUUCCGACAGCGACACCAGCGAAUCGGACCAAGAUAGUCCGGUGAGCCGGCAUCCUGUGAGCGCGGCCUCCCGGAUCAUGGAGGAUGAUGACGAUGAGGAGUUUGAGGAGGUGUCUGCAGACCCCGCGGUCACGGUGGGCGGGCGGCCGUACCUGUACAGCGAGGUCAGCCAACGGCCAGAACUGGUGGCGCAGAUGACCCCCCAGGAGAAGGAGGCCUACAUAGAGAUGGGGCAGAGGAUGUUCGAAGAUAUGUACGACUGAGCCGCAGCGGGCGCCGUCUUCAGGCUCCGCUCUCGCGCCAUCAUUUUAUUACCUACAGAUACGUUUUUUUAAUUUUACUCUUUUAAAGUCAAGUGGAGGGGGGGGGGCAUUUAAUGUACUUUAAAAGUUUUUAUUUUUAAUUUAUUAUUAAACCCGCCCCCCCUCCUCCAAUGAGCCCCUGUAAGCCGAAGAAACGGAUCGGUCACAUGACUGGCGAUUAUCGUCCCCUCCCCCGAGCUGUGUAUAUAGAAGGUUUUAUCUGGUUUUUAUUACUUUUUAUUGUGGGACGAGCUGAAUUUAUUUUAGACCCCCCCUCCCCCCCCCCACUACCACUAUUAUUUGUGCCAAAACCGCAAAUUGAUGGAAAUCCUCAAAUAUAUCUGAAGAUUUUUUUUCCCCCCCCUUGUUCUGUCUAUAAAGUCUCAGGUCGUCUGUGACGGUUUUCUUAAAGGGCCGGUGUCCAGUCUUCUGUAAGUAGAGCUCAGCCGGAAACGUUCUGCAACUUUCUAAUAUACGUUGUGUUUCAAUAUCUCUGCUUGCUGUCCGCUGUAGACCAUAUGCUGUGACCUAAACAGCCUGGGCUCCAGGAUUGUACAUGUUACCUGCACUGGUACAAGGUAGCAAACUGCCAGGGCAGGAAUUACUCUUAGACUGAUACAUUGUUUAAAGCCAGCUGAUCUGUUACAAAGUUUCCAUUCAGCCAUAGCAAGCGGAGCUCUAAAUGCCUUACCUAAUGAUUUGUGAAACUGGACAAGCCCCUUUCUUUACAUCAUUAAUCAUCCAAUUAAUGUGGACUGCGCUGGAAAUAUGUAAUGUGGCUUCUGAUUGGUGCUCACGUCUGUGGGAGGAGCCAAGAUGGCGGCCUCCGUCUUUAUCCAUUGGCGGGAGAAUCUGAUGGCGGUUAACGUUUAUACUGGUUGCGGUGCAGCUGCUGGUCU